UUUGACUGGCCACUCUGCCAGCAAAUCUACUUCAGUCGUUGUAAAUUUGUAGGAAGUGGAGAGUCAAGUAUUACAUGGAGGCAGAGUCAUUGGUGCCAAGGAAGUGAACUGACAUAGUUUGCAUUUGUACCAGCAUAACGAGGACUCAGUGACAUGGGUACCAUCUUGUUUCACGUUCUGGCUUGUUGCCUUCUGGUCAUUUCUUUAGCUGAGGCACAAACUAUCCAACCAGAUUCAACGAUCAUGCCAGCAACACCUGCUGGCUUAAAAACGACAGAAAGCACAACAGACGUAACAUCAGACGUGACUGAGGAUACAACCACUUUUGCCACCGUCACCAAUGAAACAUUCAGCGACACCACAGUUCAACCUCAGACUUCUAAGUCCACAGCAAUGACGACUCCUCCGACAAACAGCACCUCUCUGUCAACAGCCACAUCUGACACUAACACACCAACAUUUACUGUCCCAGUGACAGCAACGAGCCAGACCACAGCAGUUGACACAAGUAUGCCUGAUACUACAGUAAUUACACCUGAUACUACAGUAAUUACAACUGCAAAUACAUCUCAUACUGCCAACACAACGUCCAACUCAGACGACAGCAUAACACAUGGUGUCGGAUUCAACAAUUCAGAAAAGAACAUCACAAUUGUCUUCAGUGUUGCACUGGGAGUGUUUGCUGUGGCUUUUGUGAUAUUCAUGUUUCACAGAUGCAAACAGAAAGCCCAAUACUUGCAUCAACCGUUCCACAACUCUGACGACCCAGAUGCUUUUGUAGCUGGCGAUGACACACUAGUGAUUUCUGGAGGACUUUAUGACGGCCAUCCCAUCUAUGAUAAUGUACCGACAGUCCAAGAGGACCAGUCUCAAUUUCGCCUCCAGUUUCUUCCUUAAGGAGAGAAGGUUGUCAGAUUGGAUACACUGGUACACUCAUCCACCUAUUCCAAAGCUAAAGCGUCAUAUUGAAAUUUGAAUUUGAAGCUAAAGGCAGAGAGGAAGGGAAAAAUGACAAGAACGGAUAUAAACAGUUUGAACAAACUUUUACUAAUAUCACUUGCAUCGCUGCCAGUCAUAGAGAUGGAUGGAUUAAUAUAUUAAGAUGUUAUAAGAUAUAUUAAGUAAUAGUAAGAGAGUAAGAUAGUAAUACCCUCACCACCAACUAUAUGAACUUUGUGAACACCAGUAAAGAAAGCCUCAAGAAACAUAAGUGGCUCACACGCUACAAUACCAAUAGUAAUACUGUUCAACUAAUUCAUAACAGUACUGUCUCUGCAUGUUUAGAAAUAAACUUGACUUUAAAGAUCAA